AUGAACAACAGUGAUUAUGGACAAACAAGAGCGAUUACUAAUUAAAGUACUUAAAGGAAAAAAAGAAGAAAUAUCUCAAGUUGCACAAAGAAUAGCAUUGAUUAGAUGAAACCAUUAAGUGUAGAGGAUAGUUAAUUUCAUUCUGCUUAAGCAUUGAAGCAAUUAAAGAAAAGUUUAAGCAAUAUUCUUACCAUCACAAAUCAAAUGAAGCAGAGUAAUAAUAGCAAUUCAAGUAAAAGAGAUAUAACACAGCAAUUGAUUUAAAGAUAAGCUUCAAAUUCUGAAAUGCUUUCAAGAGAAGGUACAAAGUAACAGCUAUUUGGUAAUUAGAUUGGGAUUGGAAAAACUAUCAACGAAGAGAUCCAAGUCAAGCCUAAAAUUUAGAAUAUGCCCUUGAAGAAAUCGCAAUCAACUGCAAACAUAAAUACAAAUGCGAUGAUCAAUAACCUUUUCAAGAAAACUAACAAUAAUGUUUUGAGUAUGUUUCAUCCAAAAGCAUCGCAAAUAACAGCAAAUAAGUAGACAAUAGUCUCUGACUAUUAUGAUCACAUACCUAAUCCUCUGGAUACACAAUCAACAUUCCAAAUGGUUCAAACUCCUACUAAUCAAAAUACAAAUCUUCGAAAAAGUAGUAUAUAAAUCCUCGAAAUCGGAAAUUCAGAUGAAAAACAAAAUAUGCAUAGCACUCUAUCCCCUACUUCUAAUUCAAAGCUAAAGUCUUUAAAAAAACCACUCAACUUCAAAGACUUUUAUGCUUCAUUCACUCUCAGAAAGUAUAAAACCAAUUCGGAUCUUAUUUAGCAGUAUCAGCAGAAUAAUUAAGGAAGCAACAAGAAGUAAAUUAGAAAUUCUCAUUCACAGUCUACCUUAUAACAGCAAUCAUUAAUGUCUAAAUUGCCUCACUUGAGCUAAGCAUAACAAGAUGAAAAUGAUCUCGAAAAGAAACAAGUUAAGGAAAUUCAGAGGGAGAUUGAAAAUUACUAAUAGGUAGCUUAAUCAUAUAAGCAUCUCAGAAAAGCUUUUGAAAAUGAAAAUUUGAUUACGUUUCUAUAAAAGGAACUUGAGCUAGAAGAUAAGCGCAUCAAAAUGCUUUAAAGAGACCCAGAUCUUGCUAAGAAGUUGUAUCCCUUUAACAAAAGAAUGGGAUUAGUAGAAUUUAUGGACAGGAAUAAUGUAGCAGGUGAUUCCAAAGAGGCUGCUGAAAACAGUUAGCUUCAUAUAAAAAUCAAUGAAAAAUAUUUCCAAAAGUUAUUGGAUAAAGAAGAUGAAAGGGUUUAAAGGUCACAAAAAUUUCUUAAGAAAAAUGACUAUAGAGUUGAUUUUAGAAAAAUGAGGCAAGCCUAUGAAGGUAGAAUGUGGCGAAAAGAUCUGAAAGAUGCAAUGGAUAUGAAGAAAUUUGUAAAUGAAAAUCUAAACAAGAAUAUGAUGGAACAAAGAUGGACAUUAAAUCUGAUGAGAAAAAGAGGGAAAAAUCCUAAGAAUCUCAUGUUAAUCAAUUGA